AUGCAGAGACCACCGCCUGAAGAUUUCUCCUUGAAGGAGACAAGACCACAUCUCGGUGGGGGUAAAGUCACUGGUGAUAAGCUUACAAGCACUUAUGACCUCGUUGAGCAAAUGCAGUAUCUCUAUGUUCGUGUGGUGAAGGCUAAAGAAUUGCCUGGGAAGGAUAUGACUGGUAGUUGUGACCCUUAUGUUGAGGUUAAGCUUGGUAACUACAAAGGAACUACUCGUCAUUUCGAGAAGAAAUCGAAUCCUGAGUGGAACCAAGUUUUCGCUUUCUCAAAAGAUAGGAUUCAAGCUUCUUUCCUUGAAGCUACUGUGAAAGACAAGGAUGUUGUGAAAGAUGAUUUGAUUGGUCGUGUUGUGUUUGAUUUGAAUGAGGUACCUAAGAGAGUUCCUCCCGACAGUCCCUUGGCGCCGCAAUGGUAUAGGCUCGAAGAUAGGAAAGGGGAUAAAGUCAGGGGAGAGCUUAUGCUUGCUGUUUGGUUUGGUACUCAAGCUGAUGAAGCUUUCCCUGAAGCUUGGCACUCAGAUGCUGCAACAGUAAGUGGAACUGAUGCUCUUGCCAAUAUCCGCUCCAAGGUUUAUCUUUCUCCUAAGCUUUGGUACCUUAGGGUUAAUGUGAUUGAAGCUCAAGAUUUGAUACCAAGCGAUAAGGGGAGAUACCCUGAGGUUUAUGUGAAGGCUAUAGUGGGAAACCAGGCGUUGAGGACUAGAGUAUCUCAAAACAGAACUUUAAAUCCAAUGUGGAAUGAGGAUUUGAUGUUUGUAGCAGCUGAGCCAUUUGAGGAGCCUUUGAUACUUAGUGUGGAAGAUAGAGUUGCUCCAAACAAAGAUGAAGUCAUGGGGAAAUGUGCGAUUCCGUUGCAGUAUCUGGACAGAAGGUUCGACCACAAACCGGUGAACAGCAGGUGGUAUAACCUCGAGAAGCAUAUUAUGGUUGACGGAGAGAAGAAGGAGACGAAAUUCGCUAGCAGGAUUCACAUGAGGAUUUGUUUGGAAGGUGGGUAUCAUGUUCUUGAUGAGUCUACACAUUACAGCAGUGAUCUUAGACCAACGGCGAAGCAACUAUGGAAGCCUAGCAUCGGUGUGCUGGAAUUGGGGAUAAUAAGUGCCACUGGUCUGAUGCCUAUGAAAACCAAAGAUGGCCGAGGAACCACAGAUGCAUAUUGUGUGGCGAAGUACGGGCAGAAAUGGAUCCGAACUCGGACAAUCAUUGACAGCUUUACUCCGAGAUGGAACGAGCAAUACACUUGGGAGGUUUUUGAUCCGUGUACUGUUGUUACAGUUGGGGUAUUUGAUAACUGCCAUCUCCAUGGAGGUGAGAAGAACGGAGGAGCAAAAGAUUCAAGAGUUGGGAAGGUAAGGAUCCGGCUCUCUACUCUCGAGACUGAUCGAGUCUACACACAUUCAUACCCUCUUUUGGUGCUCCAUCCUAACGGAGUCAAGAAAAUGGGAGAGAUUCACUUGGCUGUUAGAUUCACUUGCUCUUCAUUGCUUAACAUGAUGUAUAUGUAUUCACUGCCUCUCUUACCGAAGAUGCAUUACAUCCAUCCUCUAACUGUUAGCCAGCUUGAUAACUUGAGGCAUCAAGCGACUCAGAUUGUGUCGAUGAGGCUUACCCGAGCAGAGCCGCCACUAAGGAAAGAAGUAGUUGAAUACAUGCUCGAUGUGGGUUCUCACAUGUGGAGUAUGAGGAGAAGCAAAGCAAACUUUUUCAGGAUUAUGGGAGUUUUGAGCGGGGUAAUCGCUGUAGGAAAAUGGUUUGAACAGAUCUGCAACUGGAAGAAUCCGAUCACAACUGUCUUGAUCCAUCUCUUGUUCAUCAUCCUUGUGCUCUAUCCCGAACUAAUCUUGCCCACAAUCUUCCUCUACCUCUUCCUCAUCGGUGUCUGGUAUUACCGUUGGAGACCGAGGCAUCCUCCUCACAUGGACACUCGUCUCUCUCACGCCGACUCAGCUCACCCUGACGAGCUAGAUGAAGAGUUCGACACAUUUCCUACUUCCCGACCAUCUGACAUUGUCAGGAUGAGGUAUGACAGGUUGAGGAGUAUUGCUGGAAGGAUUCAGACUGUAGUUGGUGAUCUUGCAACUCAAGGAGAGAGGCUUCAGUCUUUGCUAAGCUGGCGUGAUCCGCGUGCAACCUCGCUCUUCGUAUUGUUCUGCUUGAUUGCUGCAGUUAUUCUCUAUGUGACUCCUUUCCAGGUUAUUGCUCUUUGCAUUGGAAUCUAUGUUCUGAGACAUCCGAGGUUCAGAUACAGGUUACCGUCUGUUCCUCUUAAUUUCUUCAGGAGGCUUCCUGCAAGAACUGAUUGCAUGCUCUGA